AUGAGACGGGAAGAGGAGGAAGAUGAAGGAAUUAGGGUGAAGGCAAAAGGGGAUUUAGAGAUGAAGGAGGAGGAGACCAGUGAGACAGGAGAAUUGGUUGGUCCACUGGCAAGUGCCAUGUCCACCCCAGUGCCCCACAAUAGGGGAACCCGCUUCUCUGAGGCAUGGGAAUAUUUCCACCUGGCUCCUGCACGAGCUGGGCACCACCCCAACCAAUAUGCCACCUGCCGUCUUUGUGGCCGACAGGUGAGUCGUGGCCCUGGAGUUAAUGUGGGCACCACAGCCUUGUGGAAACAUCUGAAAAGCAUGCACAAAGAGGAGUUGGAGAAAAGUGGCCAUGGUCAGACAGGGCAGCGCCAAGACCCAAGACCUCAAGGGUCCCAGCUCCCAUUGGGCAUUGAGGGUGACUGGGCCAGGCUCCUGGAGCAGGUGGGGGCCCUAGCUUUAUGGGCCAGCCAAAGGGAAAGAGAAGUAGUUAGGAGGGAGAAGGCAGUGGAAUGGCGGGAGAAGGCUGUAGAAAGAAGAGAGCGAGCAGUGGAGGAAGUGGAAAGGGCCAUUCUGGAGAUGAAGUGGAAAGUGAGGGCAGAGAAGGAGGCCUGCCAGAGGGAGAAAGACCUGCCUGCCACAGCUCAUCCUUUCCAUUUUGUUUAA